AUGGCUUCUGCGAACCUUGAUUCGGAAGCAGCUUUCUUGGACCGCGCUAGAAAGAUCGGACUGUCCGAGGAAACCCUUACAGGACUCUUGAACAACAGCUUCAACACCUUUGGCCGCCUGGCCUUUGCGGUGUCGGCUACGCCGACGACUCUCACCGACGAGGCAGUGGACAACUGGAUUGAUGGAUUGGGCAUGAGACCGUCUGGUUUUCAGAAAGCCAGCCUCCGUCGGCUCCUUUUCGAAGGAGUGAGCAUGGCGAUUGAAGAAGCAGAUAAGCAGAUGUUCAUUCUUGCAAGCAACAACCUCAUGGGACGUCUAACGGCCUCGCCAGGGGCGGCUCCUGCUUUGGACGCGGAGAUCAGUAGACUGUCUAGGAGCCCUGACAGUGACAUCAUGCAGUCCCUUCCAUUGAGUGCGCCCAUCAGUGGAGGGAGCGACGGGGGCGCAUUGCAAACUGGGGACCUGCUGGUCCCUGAUGCUGAGGGGUGGUCCAAGGCCCGUUUGAGUAAACCAGGCCAAAUCUCGAGUGAUGAUCUCUUGACCUUGUUUGAUAUGCUCCCUCAGGGAAAUCUUCAGAAGGGUCAGAGAGACGUGAAACAGUCCUUCGUAACCGGCUGUUAUUCCCAAGGUGGAUUCCGUGGGUUGCGUAAGGAGUGUGCAGAGUUUCCAUACGCAAGUCGUGUCAUGACCCGCUUUGUGCAGGAGCGUCUUCCAGGUCAUGUUUUCUCCACAUGUGGCAUUUUUGCAGACAGUCUCAUGCCUUUGCAUCGUGACGGCCGCAACGCGCAGUGGCCGAAUGCGGUUUUUCGCUUGAGUGAUUUUAAGGAGGGGGGCUUGUGGAUAGAGGGCCCUGGGGACGAUGUUCGAGUCUUCAAUUCUAAAGAGCUGGUUGGAGCGGUUCACGAAAUUGAGGACGAUCCGCUUAUCUUUGACGCUUGGUCUAAAUACCACAAAACUGAACCUUGGUCAGGUCGAAGAGUUGUUCUGAUCACUUGGGUGGUGCAGCAACUUGAAAAAUUAGAACCGAAGGAUGUGGAGGCAGCGCACCAAUUGAACUUCGUGCUACCUCCUGAGGUGCCGUUGCCUGUGCAAACGGCGCAGCUGGGAGAACGGCCACCCAUGGUGUUUGAGGUUUUCGCAGGCAAAGGCCUCUUGUCCCGGGCCCUGAUGCAGAGUAGUGAGUUCCCGCUAGGCCUGCCCUCCUUAAAGCCGGGGUCAGUUGAGGCCACUCGUGUAAAGUUGGCAAACCGUUUGUAUGCCUUCACAUAUCGCAUUUUGCGAUAUUGCCUGGAGCACGACAUAGUGGUCAGUCUUGAGAAUCCCGCAAAUAGUUUCCUAUGGGAGGUGUUGCAAGCCUUUGAGCCACAAGGGGUUGCUAACCGUAUCCUUCCCAGACUGCAGUCAAUCAUCUUUGACUUGUGUUGCCAUGGGGGCUUUCGCCCCAAACGCACAAAGUUGCUUGCAACGCCUGGCUGCUUCGAGCCGUUGCGUGCCCUUUGCGAUGGAAAGCACAUGCACAAACCUUGGGGACAAAUUGUUGAGUUUGGCUCCGUUCGGUAUGCCACCAAGGAUGAGGCGGCCUACCCAGCAUUGUUUGCCUCUCGCUUCGCUUCUUGUGUGGAGCGCAGGGCUUUGUCGCUAGGCCUCAACCUGUGUCGUCGCCCAUCCCCUAAGGACCUCUCGCUGGCCAUGUUGGGCCGACAAAACAAGCGUCAUCCGCCGCUGGUUUCCGAAUACCAGUCUGUGAUUACUAUGCCAGCCGUAGCAUUCAAAUCACAAAAACACUUGAAGCUCUUGCGCAGCAUCGGGGGUGAGGAGCUUCGAGCUUCCACUGAGCCAAAUCCUAACACCCCUUUGGGACGGACCAUCCCAGAGGCCUCGAAGCCUACCAGUAACACCCCUUCGAGAGGGACCAUCUCGGAGGCCAAUACCCCGAGUAGUUCACGGGAUCCAGCUGAGAGGCUUGGUGACCGGGUUAGGGUUGGGGUAUACAGGACUCCUGAACAGUUUGUAGAGGAGGCUAAGAAGGUCAUUCAUCCAGUAGAUUCUUCAAACCCACUUGAGAAAGCCACGUUGUUUGCCUUGAAAGAAAACUUGACUAAAGACCCGAGGCUCAUAGUCUUGAAGCGAAACUUGGCAGUGGCGCGAGUGAAGCAGGAGGUGAAGAGAUGCAGUGAUGCUGAGGCGGAGCUUCACAAGGCCAUGCACCCGGCAGUGGCUAAGGUUAUGAGCGGCAAAUCCAUUUUGGCGUUGGAAUCUUUACUCAAGUCCGAGGGCUACGACGAUCUUGAAGUCAUCGGUUUCUUAAAAGAAGGGGUAAGGUUGGUCGGGACUUCCCAAUGCCCAGAAUGCUUUGAUCGUAAGUUUGUCCCCGCUUUCUUGACAGAGACGGAGCUCAUGGCCUCAGCGGCCACCAGACGAAAGUCCUUGUUGAGUAAGUUCGAAAGGGUAGACCCGGAGGAGGCACGGAUCUUGAAGGAGGCCACGGAUGAGGAAGUGGCCAUGGGCUUUUUGGAGGGCCCCUACUAUGAUCAGAGCCAGAUUACGGAAUUGCUGGGAACCAACGAUUGGACAGUCAUCAGAAGGUUUGUUUUGCUCCAGGGGGCAGAGCUAAAACCCAGACCCAUAGACAACUGCUUGGAAUCCCAAUUAAACGCGGGCUACAGCUCCAGCAUUCACCUGCGGUUACAAGAUUCGGACUACAUCUCAGCCAUGGCCCUCCACGUAGCGAGGGAAGUGAGCGAAGGCCGAGCGCACAAGGAUGCAUCGGAGUGGAAGGGCAAAACCCUUGACCUCAGUAAAGCGUACAAACAACUUGCUAUCCAUCCGAGUCACCGACCUCUUUCAGUGAUUGCCGUUAGGCAAUCGGAUGGAAAGGAUGCCCUAUACAUUUCGAACUCGCUCAUGUUUGGUAGCACUGCAGCGGUUUAUGCCUUCAAUAGGGUUUCUAGGGCCCUGUGGUUUCUCUUGAACAAACUUCUAUGUAUACCAGCUGCUGUCUUUUUCGAUGACUAUCCUUUGAUGUCGCCGGCAGGUAGCGCAGAAAACGCAGACUCCACGGCGAGUGCGUUCUUGGAUGCCCUAGGAUGGCGUCACGCCAAGACGGGCGCGAAAGGACGCCCCUUUGCGUCAGACUUCGACGUCCUUGGUAUGCAUUUGGGUUUAGGUGAUCUUGCUAAGGGUACUGUAGUCUUAGCCAACAAACAGGGCAGGAUAGAGAGGAUUGUUGACCGUCUUCAGGAAAUCAGCUUGAAAGGAGAAAUCCGACGACACGAGGCUCAGGUCAUCCAAGGCCUGUUGCAGUACGCCUCGGGCUUUUACGCAGGCCGAUCGCUGAAGCAUGCGUCGCACAUUCUUGCGAGGAUUGUUGGGGGUCUGCACUUUAGUCCUAGGGACCUUAGUGACUUUUGUAGACACACCGUUUCUUUGCUGAAGCACGAGAACCCUAGAGUCUUGAGCUGUGCGAUGAUAACUGACAUCAUCCAUCUUUGGACCGACGGAUCGUGGGAAGCUGAUGUUGGAGGCAUUGGUCUAGCCGCCCAUGAUUGCUUCAGUGGAACAGGCUGGGUCUUCACAGGAAAGGUCCCGUUGCAGUUGCUUGAAUCUUGGAAAGCAGAGGUAGGAGAGCAACUCAUCUGCGAGAUCGACAUGUUUGCUGUGCUAGCUUCCCUGCUGCAACUGAAUGCUCUUGUGUCGUCUCGCCGCAUAGUGUGGUGGGUUGACAACGAUGCAACCAGAGGUGUCAUGAUCAAGGGCGCCAGCCGCAGUUGGGCCAUGCACACUUUAGCCCGAGUGUUCUCUGAGCUCGACAGAGAAUGGCCAUCCAUGUGGUGGGUUUGCAGAGUCCCAUCCUACUCCAAUCCGGGGGAUGCGCCGUCGAGAGACCAAGGAGAGGAGUCUUUGGUGACGGUCGGAGCAUCUUGUGUGCAACCCUUCUCGAGACUUGAAGAGCUUGUUGGAAGAAUCCAGGCCUUCAACCGAGCGUGA